AGAAAAAUAGCAACUGUUAUGGAUGGCUUUCUGUUAUAUAUGAUAUAUGAACUCCGCCAGUGUUUUUAUGCUGCUGGUCCCAAGCACAGAUAAAGGAGGAGGGUUUGCAUGUCAGGAAUUGUACCAUGAGCUACAUGCAUUGGAUAGAUUUGAAAAAGAUCAUCAAAGGAAGAUGGAGAAACUUGAGGCCUUGCAUAUCACUCAAAAAGGAGAGAAUCUAAUGAUAUUGUAGAGUGAACUAAAACACCAAAGAAAGCUUGUGAGGAGCUUGGAAAAGAAACCUCUUUGGUCAAAAAAUUUGGAUGAGGUCAUGGGAAAGCUUGUUGACAUUGUUAUCUUCAUUCAUAAAGAAAUCAUGAAAGCCUUUGGAACUAAAGGGACAGCAUUGAUUAGCAAGGAUGCAAUUCACAAAUCUGAAAGAUUAGGUGUAUGUGGUCUUGCAUUACACUACGCCAACAUCGUUAGUCAGAUAGAUCUUAUUGUGGCUCGGACAAGUUCUCUCCCUCCCAAUGCAAGGGAUACACUUUAUCAUGCACUGCCGCUCAAUGUUAAAACAUUUCUACGUUCUUGGUUACAGGCAUUUCAGGCCAAGGAAGAGCUCACAAUUCCCCAGAUCAAAGAUGAGAUGGCAAAAACACUUAGGUGGCUUGUGCUUGUUGCUGCGAAUACAACCAAAGCACAUAAAGCUUUUGGUUGGGUUGGAGAAUGGGCAAACACUAGUUCUGAGUUCAACAAGAGGACGUCUGCACCUAAUAGUCUGUUGCCUCUGGAGACACUCUAUCAUGCAGAUAGGGAGAAGACAGAUCAAUGUAUCAUCGAACUCAUAACAUGGCUUCACCGCUUGAUCAGCUGUGUAAGACCCAGAGACUAUGGAUUCAAGCCACUCUUGCCUGUUCUAUCUCCAACAUGUAAAGCUCUAUUUUUAUGGCCUGUCACCCAGCAAGGCUCAUUACUAGUGCUUAAUAAUGGUAAAAUCAAUAGCAAAGCCCUGCUUUUACGGCCUGAAACCCAUCAAAUCUCAUCCCCAGUGCUUAAUAAUGGUAAACUCAAUGGCAAAGCCUCACUUUUACAGCCUGAAAUCCAUCAAACUCAUCCUCAGUGCAUAGUAAUGCCCUGCUUUUACAGCCUGAAACCCAUCAAAGCUCAUCCCCAGUGAAUAAUAAUGGUCAACCCAAUAGCAAAGUCUCACUUCAGCUUUUACAGCCUGAAACCCAGGAAGUCUCAUCCCCAGUGAAUAAAGAUGGUAAAAUCAAUAGCCAAGUCCUGCCUCAGCUUUUACAGCUUGCAUCCCAGCAAUGCUUUUCCCCAGUACAUAAUUAUAGUGAAACCAACAUCAGUAAUCAGCCUUUACAGCCUGAAAGACAGCAAAGCUCGCCUAUGGUACAUAACAUUAGUAAAAUCAAUAACGCUGAUAAAUUCUCUCAAGAAGAAAGAGAGAAGUUGGAGAAGGUCAAGUGGAGAAGGCUGUUUCCCAGAAUAAGCAAAACCCGGGAAUUCAGUGCAGGCAAGAAGAAAGGAAAGCAAGGAUUGAAGCCCACCAGGAACACUGAUAGCCCUCCAAUGAGUUCAGUGCAUCUUUAGAUGCCGAGGGUACCUGGGACUAACGUUUUUGACAUGAUGGAUGGGUUCAAAUGUUUAAUGUAAUGCUGACAGCUAAUAAUCUUAUAAAAAAAAAAGUAAUGCUGAGAGCUUUCUUUCCAAGUUAAAUUUCAAUUUUGCAUUCCACAGAAAGAAAAUGUAAAUGUAUUGUGUAUGGUUGGUUUUAUACUCUAUUAAUAAUAAUUAAAUUGGUUGCGAUAAA